AUGCAGAAAGCCCUAAAUGCCAAACGUAAGCUUGGUUUCAUCACUGGAUCGGUGCCUAAACCAGAUCCAAUCACUGAACCAGAGAAAUUUGAGAAUUGGCAGUGUGCGAAUGAUGUAAUAAGCACAUUGAUUUUGAAUUCUGUUACAAAAGAAGUUGCUACCUCUCUCGUAUAUAUAGAUUCUGCAGUGGAGUUGUGGAACGAUCUGAAGGAGUGUUUACAACAUGGAAAUAUCCCGCGCGUGUUCGAAUUGAAGCGCGACUUGAUGAAUCUUCGACAAGGUGCCACGUCUGUGUCACAAUACUUCAUAAGAAUCAAGGUUCUUUGGGAAGAAUUGAACUCAUAUCACCCAGUACAAUGCAAUUGCGGUGAUGUGCACGCCACGCAAGAGUUUCUUCAAGUUGAGUAUAUUCACUAUUUUCUCAUGGGAUUGGAUGAAUCCUUUUUCCAGAUUCGUGGGCAAAUCUUGCUCUUGGAACCUCUUCCCACAAUUAACAAAGUCAUUUCUCUUCAACCAACACAAUCUCAAGGUCAUGACAGAGGCAUGAUGAAGAAAGAUAGACCCCUCGUCUCGCACUGUGAAAUUCUUGGGCACACUAUCGACAAGUGUUCCAAAAUUCACGGUUACCCUCCAAAUUUUGGCAAAGGAAAGAACACGAAGCCUUCGGUUCAUCAUAUCUCCACAUCUCAGUCCAAUUCAGAUGCACAAAUCAACCCAAAUUUGACUCCAACACAAGUUCAACAGCUCCUAACCUUGCUGAAUAAUAAGAAGAUCCAAGAUAUUUAA